UCAGUAAUUAUUUUAAUGGCUUCAAUAAAUUUUACUUUAGUCCCAAACUUACCCUCUCAAAAUCUAUCUUUCUUCUUUACCACCUCCUUUUCUGCUCCCUGCCAUCUUCACCGGGAAAAACCUCUCUGUAUCAUUUCUAGGCGGAGGUCUAAACGGAAACCGGCGAUAGCGAUGGCUAUGCCGUCUCACCGGCGGGAGAGAAGCGAUGAGACGUCGCUUUUGAUUUCGGAAAAUAGUACCGGUAAAGGCGAAAUGGUGGCAAGGAGUGAGGUGGAAGAAGAGGGAAGUUAUAGUGGCGUGCGUAAAAAUAGGAAAAUGAGUAGUGGCAGACUGAAAUGUUUUGGUGUGGAAUUGUCGCCCGAUAAUGUGGCAGUCGCAAUGGUGUAUUUUGUUCAAGGUGUUUUAGGGCUUUCUAGACUUGCUGUCAGUUUCUAUUUAAAAGAUGAUUUGCAUUUAGAUCCUGCUGAGACAGCUGUGAUAUCUGGUUUUUCUGCACUACCAUGGCUUGUCAAACCUCUUUAUGGAUUUAUUAGUGAUUCUGUUCCACUUUUCGGUUAUCGGAGAAGAUCGUACUUGGUUCUUUCUGGACUUCUUGGUGCACUCUCUUGGAGCUUGAUGGCUAUCUUUGUUGAUAGCAAGUAUGGCGCUGCUUUCUGUAUUCUUCUUGGGUCACUUUCUGUUGCCUUCUCAGAUGUUGUUGUUGAUUCCAUGGUGGUGGAGAGGGCACGCGGUGAGUCACAAAGCAUGUCUGGAUCUCUUCAAUCUUUAUGUUGGGGUUCUUCAGCUUUCGGUGGCAUUGUGAGCUCCUACUUUAGUGGCUCUCUGGUGGGUGCUUAUGGUGUAAGGUUUGUUUUUGGCGUAACGGCAUUGCUGCCACUGCUUACUUCUGGAGUUGCUGUUCUUGUGAAAGAACAGCGUAUUCUUGGUCCAAUAAGAGGACAAAAUCUUACUUUAGGUGGAAAUGGUUUUCUUGAAAGCUCAAAGCAGCAUAUUAUUCAGUUGUGGGAUGCAGUAAAGCAGCCGAACGUAUUUCUUCCAACACUAUUUAUUUUCCUUUGGCAGGCAACACCGCAUUCAGACUCUGCUAUGUUUUACUUCACCACAAAUAAACUUGGCUUCACCCCAGAAUUUCUAGGACGUGUCAAGCUAGUUACUUCAAUUGCAUCAUUGGCUGGGGUUGGACUAUACAACGGAUUUCUGAAAAAUGUUCCACUACGGAAGAUUUUUGUUUUUACUACCAUAAGUGGUACAGCUCUUGGAAUGACUCAGGUUUUCCUUGUUACUGGACUUAAUCGACAAUUUGGUAUAAGUGAUGAAUGGUUUGCAAUUGGGGAUUCUUUGAUUCUAACAGUUCUUGCUCAGGCUUCAUUCAUGCCUGUUCUGGUGUUAGCAGCGAAGUUAUGUCCAGAAGGAAUGGAAGCAACACUUUUUGCAACUCUCAUGUCAAUAUCAAAUGGAGGAAGCGUUCUUGGAGGGCUGAUUGGUGCUGGUCUUACCCAGGUUUUUGGGAUUACAAAGGACAGCUUUGGCAAUUUAGCCUCUUUGAUCAUUCUCUGCAAUCUCAGCUCAUUGCUGCCCUUGCCACUCUUGGGGCUUCUUCCUCCCGAUACUUCUGAUACCAUCGCGGAGGAGGGUGGAGAUAUUGAGAUGAAGUCUAGUUGAAUGUGGGAUGCUCAACAUACAAUUCACUUCUCAAGCAUUGCUUCUGCCUGCGCUGAAUAUGGUACGCUUUUUUCUUGACUGUAGCUUACAAAAAUUACGGAGAGAGGAGAGAGAUUCUGUAAAUAUCAGAGAGUUGGAUACACAAAUAGAGACAGUUUGAAAGAUGCAGUUUACUCGACAUGCUAAGCUUAUCCUAUCAAUGAAUUAAGUGAUCCAAAGCUUUAUUUGACACUUGCCAAUGUGAAAGAUGCAGCAAAUCCUUAUGUAUAAUUUGAUCCUCCAAUGGAUGAGUCUGAUCCUAAGGUUAUCUUCUAAUCCAAAUUGAUUAUUGGAUGCUUUUAGAGCUCUGAA